AUGAAAAUCGUUAUUUGGAAGAAGCCAAUGCUCUUUUUUGAAGAUUUGGAAUUUCGUUAUGGUCUAUGGAAACAUUUUCAAAGUGCUAAAGCAAAACGAACUAAAAAAGUUGUUAUUCACGUACCAUAUAAAGUGAAGAAGAUUAAACACACGCAUACUGUCUUCAAGACGGUCCAUCACCAUCAUACACACCAUGACCAUCAGGACCUUGAGAGUUUGUCGCCUGCCGAAGAACAUGAGCAUUUCCACUACAUGCACCUCGAUGAACCUCCUGUGGCAAAACAUUCUCAUUUAAUCCCUGGAAUAGGGAUACCAGGUGCAGGUCUACCGACGAUUUCAAUCCCGGAGUUUCUACCGGAUGCACCGGUGGACUUGCAUUUGGAUAUCCCAGAUGUGCCUCGUGACCGAACCAUUAAACCAAAACGUAUCCCUCUGUUUAGACGAGAC